AUGGCUCUCUCACUGAAGCCACCGGGACCCAGCCUCUCCACAACUCCACCACCCCCUCAACUCCAAUCCACCCCCCUCAGCUCCCAAUCCCAGCCCCUCACUCCCCAAUCCACCAGCUCAUCUCCCAAUCCCACUCCUCAAGCUCCCCCCACCCCUCAGCUCCCAAUCCACCAGCUCAGCUCCCAAUCCCACCCCUCACUCUCCUCCCAACCCACCACUCAGCUCCCAUAUCCCACCACCCUUCAGCUCCCAAUCCCACCAGUCUCAUCUCCCAAUCCCACCCCUCAGCUCCCAAUCCCACCAAGCCAGCCCAGCUCAUCUCCCAAUCCCCACCCUCAACUCCAUCCUCACCCACUCUCACUCCACACCCUCAAGCUCCAAUCCCACCACCUCAGCUCCCAAUCCCACAAGCUCAGCUCCCAAUCCCCCAGCUCAGCUCCCAAUCCCACCACCUCAGCUCACAAUCCCCACCUCAGCUCCCAAUCCCCACCACCUCAGCUCCCAAUCCCACCCCCUCAACUCCCAAUGCCCACCCCUCUAGCUCCCAAUCCCACCCCUCAGGUCCCAAUCCCCCCCCUCAGCUCCCAUCCCACCAGCUUCACCCAAUCCCCCCCUCAGCUCCCAAUCCCCACCACCUCAGCUCUCCAAAUCACCAGCUUCAGCUCCCAAUCCCACCAGCUCAUUCUCCCAAUUCCCACCCCCUCACUCCAAUCCACCACUCAGCCCAAUCCCCCAGCCUCAGCUCCCAAUCCCACCAGCUCAGCUCCCAAAUCCCACCAGCUCAGCUCCCAAUCCCACCCACUCAGCUCCACAAAUCCCACCCUCAGCUCCCAAUCCCACCACCUCAGCUCCCAAUCCCACCCCCUCAACUCCCAAUCCCACCCCCCUCAGCCUCCCAAUCCCACCCCUCAGCCCCAAUCCCACCAGCUCAGCUCCCAAUCCACCACGCUCAGCUCCCAAUCCCACCACCUCAGCUCCCAAUCCCUACCGAGCUCAGCUCCAUCCCACCAGUCAUCUCCAAAUCCCACCCCCUCAAACUCCCAAUCCCACCAGCUCAGCUCCCAAUCCCACCACCUCAGCUCCAAUCCCACCCACCUCAGCUCCCAAUCCCACCAGCUCCAGCUCCCAAUCCCACCAGCUCAUCCCACUCCACCCCUCAACUCCCAAAUCCCCACCAGCUCAGCUCCCAAUUCCCACCACCUCACCACCCAAUCCCCACCAGCUCAUCUUCUCCCAAUCCCCACCCCUCAAACUCCCAAUCCCCACCAGGCUCAGCUCCUCAUCCCACCACCUUCAGCUCCCACCCCCACCAGCUCAGCCUCCCAAUCCCAGCCACUCCUCAUCCCUCACCAAUCCCACCACCUUCAGCUCCCAAUCCCACCCACCUCAGCUCCCAAUCCCACCACCUCAACUUCCAUCCCACCCCCUCAGCUCCCAAUCCACCCCUCAUCCCAAUUCCACCCCCCCAGCUCCCAAUCCCACCACUCAGCUCCCAAUCCCACCACCUUCAGCUCCCCAAUCCCACCCACACUCCAGCUCCCAAUCCACCAGCUCAGCUCCCAAUCCCACCAGCUCUCAUCUCCCCAAAUCCCACCCCCUCAACUCCCAAUCCCACCAGCCUCAGCUCCCAAUCCCACCAGCCUCAGCUCCCAAUCCCACCAGCUCAGCUCCCAAUCCCACCACCUCAGCUCACAAUCCACCCCCUCAGCUCCCAAUCCCACCACCUCAGCUCCCAAUCCCACCCCCUCAACUCCCAAUCCCACCCCCUCAGCUCCCAAUCCCACCCCCUCAGGUCCCAAUCCCACCCCUCAGCUCCCAAUCCCACAGCUCAGCUCCCCAAUCCCACCAGCUCAGCUCCCAAUCCCACCACCUCAAGCUCCCAAAUCCCACCACCUCAGCUCCCAAUCCCACCAGCUCAUUUCCCAAUCCCACCCCUCAACUCCCAAUCCCACCACUCAGCUCUUAAUCCCACCACCUCAGCUCCAAUCCCACCACCUCAGCUCCCAAUCCCAACCAGCUCAGCUCCCAAUCCCACCAGCUCAUCUCCCAAUUCCACCCCUCAACUCCCAAUCCCACCACUCAGCUCCCAAUCCCACACCUAAACCACCCAACUCCCACCAGCCCACCUCAGCCUCCCAAUCCCACCCCUCAACUCCCAAUCCCACCAGCUCAGCUCCCAAUCCACCACGCUCAGCUCCCAAUUCCCACCAGCUCAUCUCCCAAUCCCACCCCACUCCAACUCCCAACCCACCAUUAGCUCCCAAUCCCACCCUCAGCUCCCAUCCCACCACCUCAGCUCCCAAUCCCACCACCUCAGCUCCCAAUCCCCCACUUCAGCUCCCAUCCCACCAGCUCAUCUCCCAAUCCACCAGCUCAGCUCCCAAUCCACCACUCCAUUCCCACCCUUCAACUCCCAAUCCCACCCUCAGCUCCCAAUCCCACCAGCUCAUCUCCCAAUCCCACCCACCUCAGCUCCAAUCCACCCCCCUCAGCUCCAAUUCCACCAGCUCAGCUCCCAUUCCCACCCCCUUCAAUCCCAAUCCACCAGCCUCAGCUCCCCAAUCCCACCACCUCAGCUCCCAAUCCCACCAGCUCAUCUCCCUAAUCCCACCCCCUUCAACUCCCAAUUCCCACCAGCCUCAGCUCCAAUCCCACCACCUUUCAGGCUCCCAAUCCACACCUCAGAUCCAAUCCCACCCCACAUCAGCUCCGCAACCCACCAGCGUCCAUGCUCCCUAA